AUGGGUAUUAACUACUGCAGAUGCAGCAGAACUAACGGAUUAACGUGCCUUCCAAAACACGGAGCAGAGCCGGAUGGAUGCAUUACAAUGUACCACCGAGUGAGACGAAAGAUGAGAAUAAGUAUUUGUGCCAUAUUAUUAUUAUUUCAUAAUUCAUUAGCUUUCCCUAAAUCAUCGGAGACAACUGAAUCAAUACCUAUCACAGAAUCCAGAGAUGAUAAUUUUGAAAAUAACAUUAUAGAUUUCGACGAAGAAUAUUCUAUUAAAUUUAACAAAAAAUAUGGAACAGUACCUUGGCAUUCAAACGAUGAACUCACAAGAGAAAACUUUAGAUAUUCAAUUUUAAAAGACAAUUUAAAUGUUAAUAAUAAAUUAGAGAAUACCAGUAAAUAUAAUAUUACUAAAACUAUAAAUAAAACGGCUGAUACAGAAGCUACCAGUGAAUCCACGCAAGAACCAGACUUCAGUGUUAUUCCAUUGGAAUUGGUGAGCACGACACAAAAUUAUUUAGUUAGCAUAGUUGAUAGUACAACAGAGGAAGAUUUAUCAGUGAUACCACUUUCAACAACAGUCAAAGAUUUACCAAACUUAUAUAUAAGUGAAACUGUAACCUUACCCACAUCAACACAAGAAUCCGAAACCACUACUAUUAAUGUUGGAACUCCAUCUAAAAAUAGUGCAGAAACAACAACGGUCACAGUACAAAAAAUAGAAACAAAGUUAUUAACAUCAAAUGAAAAUGUUACAAAGACUAAGGAUUUGGACGACUUGAAAGUAACCACCGAAGAAUUAAUAAUAAAUACAACAGAGAAAGAUAUCAUUACAAAUAAUGAAAGCACUUCUACAGAAACAUCAAUCGUUGCAAUAAAUACAACUGUCAUUAACAAUCGUACAAUUAUAGCUGAAAUACUUAGAACAAAUUCUAGUAAACAAAUCGAAAACAGAACGAUAUUAGAAGUAGAUAGUGACGAAGAGACUGAUAUUCCCGUAUUUACUGAGUUUGAUGGAGAGAGCGAGGAGGUCCCUGAAGAUUAUUACGACUCUAAAGAUGUUGUACCCACAACAACACCGAAGGCUAAUAAUGCUUUGACUGUACUCGUAGGCUUAGCUGGUAGCGUCGUAGAAAGUGUGGCUGAGAGAGUUGUACCGAAAGGUAUAUAUGAUCUUUUCAAAAGAAUGCAGAGACAAAGCGAGGCUUUGGAAUCAGAAAAACUCAGAAGUAGGGAGGAAAAUGGAGGAUUAGGUCAAUUCGGAAGAGGAAUCUUGAAAAGUAUUUCGUCUGGUUUGAGCAAACCUCUGAGCCAGCUGAUGGCUGGAGUCAGAGACUUUGGCUCUCUGGACAGCGAUCGAGGGUUUGUAGGCAGCUUAGCCUCAGGAGUCACUAGUGUCGCCAACGCAGCAAAUUCUCUAGUUGAUUCUUUCAAGGAUAGAGUGCAGGCUAUUUACCCAGGCACUGUGUGGUGCGGCGACGGUCACUCCGCCACAGCUCGCUCAGGGGAGUUGGGCUUAUUCUUCUUCACUGAUACUUGCUGCAGGCAGCAUGACGCGUGCAAAAUGUACAUUAAAGCGGGAGAGACUAAACAUGGUCUCACUAACACUGGUCUGUUUACUAGACAUCCUUCAAUCGAUAAUUUUAAUAUAAAAAUUACAACUAUUGAUUGGUCUAUUAAUAUGGUUGAUGGCCAAUUCGUACUUAAGAGGCCGCUCACAGCAAAAUCAUAA